AAGAUAUAAUUUGUUUGUUUGUGAAUUAUUUGCGAUUUGUUUAGCUUUGAGAGAUCCGCAGAAGCCGGUUUGCUUGUCGAAAAAUUGUGAAUUACAAUCUUAUUCUUUUGUAGUUUAGUAUCUUUGGCCGGCUAUGGAGAAAGUCAAUUGUAUCUUCGUAAACAGCUAAUGUGAAACCAUGCUGUAUAUGUAAUCCUUCUGGUUUAAGCUCAUUGUGUCGAUUUUCGAAGAAAGUUUCUACUUAUAGAAAGUUUGUACUUAUAGAGGUUGUAGGAUGGGGGUUCUUAGUGAAGAUGGAACAGGGCUGAGGAGGAGAGGGUGUUCGUGUUCAAAAGAAGAUUUUCUUCCCGAGGAGUCAUUUAGGAGCUGGGGCAACUAUGUGAGUGCCUUGAAGCAGACUCCCUCCCGGUUCAUGGACCGGGUACUGACUCGAUCAGCUGACCAGGCUGAGCUGGAAGUCAAAUCUCGGAGCCACAAUGAAAUGAAGAAGACUCUAAACUGGUGGGACCUUAUGUGGUUUGGUAUGGGUGCUGUGAUUGGAGCUGGAAUAUUUGUUCUCACUGGGUUAGAAGCUAAGGAGCAUGCUGGCCCUGCCGUUGUUCUCUCCUAUGUCGUAUCUGGAAUCUCUGCUUUGCUCUCUGUAUUUUGCUACACUGAGUUUGCUGUGGAGAUCCCUGUUGCAGGUGGCUCAUUUGCCUACCUACGAGUUGAACUCGGUGAGUUUGUGGCCUUCAUUGCUGCCGGAAACAUAAUUCUUGAGUACAUAAUUGGUGGUGCAGCAGUGGCUCGAUCAUGGACAUCCUAUUUAGCCACCCUUUGCAACCAAGAUCCAGAUGAUUUUCGUAUUCAUGCCAGCGCGCUUACGGAUGACUACAAUGAACUUGACCCCAUAGCUAUUGGCAUAAUCGCAGUCAUUUGUCUGUUUGCAGUUUUUAGCACCAAGGGGUCAUCUCGUUUGAACUACAUUGCCUCAGUCGUCCAUAUUGUAGUGAUUCUCUUCAUCAUAAUUGCUGGUCUUAUUAAUGCUGACACUGAUAACUACCGUGAUUUUGCACCCUAUAAAGUACGCGGGAUCUUCAAAGCCUCUGCUGUCUUAUUUUUCGCAUAUGUUGGAUUUGAUGCUGUUGCAACGAUGGCAGAGGAGACUAAGAAUCCUGCUAGAGACAUCCCUAUUGGUCUUGUAGGUUCAAUGGUGAUUACCACCACUUUAUAUUGCUUACUAGCUAUUACACUCUGUCUCAUGCAACCCUACAAGGAUAUCGACAAAGAUGCUCCAUUCUCUGUUGCAUUUAAAGCUGUAGGAAUGAAUUGGGCUAAAUAUGUCGUUGCAGCUGGAGCACUAAAAGGCAUGACAUCAGUUUUACUAGUUGGAGCUGUGGGUCAAGCUCGAUAUUUGACACACAUUGCACGAACUCACAUGAUGCCACCAUGGUUUGCCAAUGUCAGUCCUAAAACAGGAACUCCAAUUAAUGCAACAGUUGUCAUGCUUGCGGCAACUGCAAUUGUUGCAUUCUUCACUAAGCUUGAUGUCCUUGCCAACCUCCUCUCAAUCUCAACCCUUUUCAUCUUCAUGCUUGUCUCUGUUGCACUUCUUGUACGUCGCUACUAUGUUAGUGGUGUGACAACAACUGCUGACCGCAAUAAAUUCAUCGCAUGUAUAGCCCUCAUACUCGGUUCCUCAAUUGCGACUUCUGCAUACUGGGGAGUUACUGAGGACUGGAUUGGAUAUUGCAUAACUGUGCCAAUUUGGAUACUGGCCACUAUUGGAAUCAAGGUUUUCGUUCCUCAUGCACGGGAUCCAAAGCUCUGGGGAGUUCCAUUGGUGCCAUGGUUGCCAUCUGCAUCCAUUGCCAUUAACAUUUUCCUUCUUGGAUCCAUUGACAGUGCUUCAUUCGUCAGGUUUGGAGUCUGGACUGUCUUGCUAUUGAUAUAUUACAUAUUCUUUGGCCUUCACGCUUCGUAUGAUAUUGCCAAGGAAUAUGAAGGCAAAGAUUACGCAAUGACAUUGAAGAAGACCGAAGAGGGUAAUACUCUAUCCACUGCAUCUAUGGCUGUUGCUGCUGAUCAGAAGAACGGUCAUGCAAAUCCCAGUACCUAAACUUGUUUCUUAACAUACACGUGUGCAGCAUUUAGAAUUUUCAACUGUGCCACUCUUCUAUUGCCUUUUACUAUUAUAUGUAAUAUGUAAUUAUGAAAAAAAUGUAGUCUUAUGUAAUGAAAAUCUGCAGGUUUGUCUAGUAAAA